CAGGUGUCACGGACUCUGGAGGAGUUUGAUGUGGAGGAAAAGGCAGGCAGCACACUGGAGAGACAGUACCCCAACAUCAAAGUCAUCAGUUCUGCUGUCAGUGAGUUAAAGGCUGAGUUGCAGCAAGUGAUUACGGAGGAUGGAAGACAGUACACCUAUGACAGGCUGUGUCUGUGUGCUGGUGCAAGACCCAAGCUCAUCAUGGAUGGGAACCCCUAUGUGCUGGGGAUACGUGACACAGACAGUGCUAAGACCUUCCAGAGUCGCCUGGCUAAGGCUAAACGGGUGGUUAUUGUGGGGAACGGAGGAAUUGCACUGGAACUGGUAUAUGAAAUUGAGGGUUGUGAAGUGAUCUGGGCAGUGAAAGACAAGUCCAUCGGGAACACAUUCUUUGAUGCCGGAGCUGCUGAAUUCCUCAUCCCACAACUGAGAUCUGAUAAACAAGAGACUCCCUUGGCCUGCAAGAGAACCAAGUAUACCACAGAGCCCACUGGAGUAAUUUCAGAGAGAAAGGAGUCCCAACUGGGCAGUGCACUGGGGCCUGACUGGCAUGAGGGGAUGAAUCUGAAGGUUGCACAGCAAUUCUCCCACUGUGUCCAAACAGAGAUGGAAUGUGAAGUAGAGAGGAUCCUCCUGAGUGAUGAAUUCAAGCUGCUGAAUGUCCCGGCCCACACUGUUGCCUACAUUGAAUGGCCAGUUUAUGUAGAACUGACAAAUGGAAAACUGUACGGCUGUGAUUUCAUCAUCAGUGCUACAGGAGUGGUCCCGAACAUCGAGCCAUUUCUUCCUGGUAAUAAUUUUGACGUUGGGGAAGAUGGAGGUCUGAAGGUGGAUGACCACAUGCGGACAUCAGUGCCCAAUGUAUAUGCUGCUGGUGACAUCUGCACUGCAGCCUGGACACCAAGCCCACUCUGGCAGCAAAUGAGGUUGUGGACGCAAGCACGGCAGAUGGGCUGGUAUGCAGCAAAGUGUAUGGCAGCUGACCACCUUGGGGAGAAGAUUGAAAUGGAUUUCUGCUUUGAACUCUUUGCACAUGUUACCAAAUUCUUCAACUACAAGGUGAUUCUGCUGGGGAAGUACAAUGCACAGGGUCUGGGUUUGGACCAUGAACUGAUGCUGCGCUGUACCAAGGGACAGGAGUAUGUCAAAGUAGUGAUGCAGAAUGGCCGCAUGGUGGGGGCAGUGCUGCUCGGGGAGACGGACUUGGAGGAAACAUUUGAGAACUUAAUGUUAAAUCAGAUGGACCUGUCAGCAUAUGGAGAGAACCUACUGGAUCCAAACAUUGACAUUGAAGAUUAUUUUGAUUAG